CGUAGGAGUACUGAUAAAUUUCCAAAUAAACGAAGUCCACUCUAUGAGUCCAUUUCCAAACGAUCGAUAAUUUAUUAUCUGUCCCACGCUUUGGCGGGAACGCCCGCCCGGAUAUAGAAAAAAAAAAGAUUGUUAUUUUUAUUAUUUUGUAAUUAAUUUUAAUAUGAGUGUAUAAAUAAUGUGUUUAGUGCAAUGUGAUGAAAUUGUGUUAAUAUGAGGAGAUACAAAAAUUAUGUUAUGUUGUUUGUACCACGCCGCAGCACCAUAAUGCGUCUCUCCCUAGCGCUCGUGGUAUUCAUACCACUGCUGUGGUGCUGGUUUACCGUGGAUGUGGUAGCGCAGGGUCUGCUGCCAGCGGUGGUACUGCAGGACUUGGAUCAUCUGCAAAGGAACAGGAAUCUGAAGGAGUAUGUGGAUAAUAUCCAACUGCUAAUAGAGCCAUCUACACCACCAUGCGAUAAUCUCUUAGCAAUAGUGACGUCAUCGCCGCUCCGUUUCGCUCAACGCGACGCGAUUCGCGCGACAUGGGGAAAGGGGUUGAGAACGUUAUUCUUGCUUGGGGUUAAUGGGGGUCGGGAGGAAGAUCUACUGGUAGACAAUUACAUAGAGGCGAAGCUACACAGUGACAUGAUAAUAUACCAGUUCAACGACCACUACCAGAACCUGACCCUCAAGACCGGUCUGAUAAUGAAGUGGACCCUGGAGAAAUGUCCCUCAACCAGCUGGCUGUUGAAGACUGAUGAUGAUGUACUGGUUAACCCUUGGAGGAUGAGGGAAGUGGUGAAUGGGUCCCAGGCAGCCCUGAUAGGGUACAGGAAAGAAAACAACUACCUCCAUCGAGAUCCUUACAACAAGUGGUUCGUACCAAAAUGGCUGAUACGAAAUGAUCAUGUACCACAAUACCUCUCUGGUACGGGGUAUUUAAUUAAUGUGAAAUACAUACAACAAAUCCUAGAAGCGGCAUAUAAAGUGCCCAUGAUUAACUUAGAGGAUGUUUAUUUUACGUAUCUAGUCGCUAACCAAACCGCCGGUUUAAAUUUAACCCACGAUCGUAGUUUAAGUCCGUAUAAACCGUGGUUACCGAUUAGUUGUUUGUAUUGGGGGUUAGCAUCGGCCCACAGUUUAAACCCCCAAGAGAUUCUGAAAUGGGGGUCGCGUAUAUUAGAAAUGGGUCGGGAUUAUGAGAAUAAUGAAACUUUUUGUGCGUUUGAUAGUUUUAGUGAAUGGCUUUUAUAUUGAUAGAUUAAAAAACUACGAUAAAAAGUCUUCGAUUCUGAAGGGGGCGUUAUGUUGGUUACAAAUGGGUCGUAAUUAUGAGAAUAAUAAAACUAUGUUUGUGUUUGUUAGUUUCUAUUUAAAAUGUAGUAUUAAUUUGAUUUAUAAAUGUAUGGAUAUUUUAACGAUGACAAAAAAAUAAGCCUCAAUGAGAUUCUGAAAUGGGGGUCACGUUUGACAGAAAUUAUUCUCAUAAUUACAAUAAUUCACAACCCAUGAUUUUUAGAGAUUUUUCUAAAACUUUGUUUUGGUAAAUUUUAUGAAUGGCUUUUAUUUUAAUUUGUUAUUAAUUUUGUUUAUAAAUUGUAGAGGCAUGGUUUGAAUAUGUAAUAUUAAUUUAAAAAUAAAAUUUAUAAUUAGGGUUGGAUGGAUGACAAAUAGCAAUUAGUCAUAUUUUAAUGAUUAUUCACAGUAUACUUUAUGCAAAGUUCAAAACAAAAUGUGAUAACGUUGUGCCAAAUUAGUAUUAUUAAUGUAUUACAAUUUUUAUGAAUAAUUUACUAUAAUAAAGCUGAAGAGUUUGUCUGUUUGUUUGCUUGAACGCGCUAUAAUUUGAUAUAAAAUUAAAAGUUAUUUUGUUAUUAUUAUAACCAAUACAAGAUUUAAUUUUACGUUUUAGUUGUAUGUAAUAGUUAUUUGUAAUCUUGACUGACUUUUAACCAGUUACAUCUAGAUUAUAAAAGCAUUUUUGUAAAUUAUUGA